GGAUGCUGGACGUUCGCUUACUUUAACACAUGGAACUGGACUUCAGUAGAGUUGAUGCAGAAAUACACAAGGCAGAUUAGGAUAAAUGACAAUUCAAAAUGGAUUACAGGGAAUAUACAAUACACAAUACUGAUUAUUAUUAGAGAUUAUACAUUUUUAUCAAACAUUUUCUUCGACACAUUUAAAAAAUUUAUAUUUGCCCGAAGAUGGUGAUAACGACGACGAAGAAGAACAAUUUGCGUGGGAACGUCAAGAGGAUUUUAACCAGUGGAUGACAACAUACACAUUGUGAAAUCAAAUAAUUUGGAAUUGUAUAAAAAACACCAACGAUCUUUAAAAGAUCAAACCAUUGAUGAAUCUGUGUUCAAGUGCCAAACGCAAGGAGUUUAGAAGAUUUGUAUAAAAGAUGAGGACUUGGAAUUUAGUAACGUUAUUAUUUGUUGUGUAUUUAUUUAUAUCUGUCCCUCCCUGGCUUGUUACGACGCCUGCAGUCCUCGGUGAAGACAUCACAUAUACCAAUAAAACUAAAAAUCAAUCGCACAUAGACACAUCAAAGAGUAAAGAUGAGCCCCCAGAGAGAAAGGGUGGAACACUAGUCGAUGUCCUCAUAAAUUUACAAAAGAUAGCAGAAGAAAAACUAGGAUUAAGUCAUAAACAAGGUGAAGAAAAGAAUGUAAAUAAAUUUUUCGAAAGUGACAUAAUAUUAAGUCCAGAUCAGGCCUCUGUGUUAAUGGAUGACCUGACCAGUAUUUCUAGAAAAAAGCGAAAGCUCACAGCAGACACUAGAAAAUGGUGGCAUUUACCCAUUCCAUUUGCCUUUGAUGGCAGACAUGAUGAACAUGAAAAACAAGAGAUUCGUUUAGCUAUAGACCAUUGGGAGUCACAAACCUGUAUAAAAUUUGUAGAAUAUAAUUAUAAUCUUAGAUCAACUAAGGAUUUUCCUAGGAAAAUACUUCUAUUCACUAAAGAAAGCGGAUGCUGGUCAUACGUAGGUUUUAUGAAUCAAAAUAUGCAACGAAUAUCUAUAGGACCCGGUUGCAUGGGGACUGGAACUAUUGCUCACGAGAUAGGUCAUUCCAUUGGUUUCUGGCACGAACAGAGCAGGCCAGACAGAGAAGACUAUAUUACUAUUCAUUAUGACAAUAUAAAAGAUGGAAAGGCGUAUAACUUUCAAAGAAGGACUUGGAAAGAAAUAACUGAUCUAGAAGUUCCAUAUGACAUAGGAUCUGAUUUACAUUAUGGGUCAAAGUACUUUUCUAGUAAUGAGCGCUAUACUAUAGAGACCAAAGAUCCAUUGAUGCAGAAUGUACUAGGCCAGAGACAAGAGCUUUCAUUCUAUGAUGUAAAACUGGCUAACAAUGCUUAUUGUAAAACUCACUGCGACUCCAACCUCCUUCCACAAACCUGCCAACGGGAUGGCUACCAGGACCCAGCCGAUUGUAAACGUUGUCGAUGUAGCGAUGGCUUCUCUGGUAGAUAUUGUGACACUGCUGCUCCGGGAGUAAGAGCAUCUUGUGGUGGUGUAGUGUAUGCUGGAACUGGCGUCAUAUACUCACCAGGCUACCCAAACUAUCUCUAUAAAACUGGUCAGAAAUGUAGUUGGCUCAUCAAGGCUCCUAUUGGAAAACACAUCUAUCUACGCUUCCAAGACAAGUUCGACCUAACCUGUGACCCUGACCUUUGUAAAGACUUUGUGGAGGUCAGAUAUAGGUCAAAUCUCGGCGCCACUGGUGCAAGGUUCUGCUGUUCUAAUCUUCCGGAUAUAACAGUGAGAUCUGAUACAAACGAGAUGAUGGUCCUUUUUAGAUCCUUUGUUGGAAACAGGGUCGGAUUUAAAGCAAUGUAUUUUACAGAUACAUGUGGUGGAUGCGGAUCCAAGUACCCGUCAUUACAGGAGCCAUGCCAUAGAAGCAAGGAAUACAGAUGUACCAGAACGUGGAACACUAAAUAUACCGUUCAGUGUCCAUCUUGGUGGAGAACUCCCAAUUGUGGAACAAAAUAUAAGCAAGUCGUACGGUAUUCUACCUGUGUUAAAGAUGAAGUUUACUGCUGUGGGAAUUUUGCCUUAGUUGGCGAUCUCUGUAGAUCAAUGUCGCAAGCUGAUCAACUGCCAGUAGGGGACCAACCAGGCACUGAACCAAGUACACCAGGUGGCGCUACCAUAGACCCAUCUUCACUCUGGUCUGCUUGGACGAACUGGUCAACGUGUUCCAAAUCUUGCGGAGGGUGUGGAAAGAGAAGUAGAAGCAGAACAUGUCUAUCACCUGGAAAGUGCGAAGGAAACAAAAACUUUGAGAAUCAGUAUGAAGACUGUGGCCAUGAACCGUGUCCCUCAACGUUCACUCGGGCAUGUAAAGUCCAGGAAAAGUACCAAGUUUUCUGUAACCCAUGGACAAUGCAAAUGUGUACAAGGUAUAGAUCAGUAUAUAAACUAUGCACCAGUCAAUGCUGUCAUGGCUUCAAGUUUGAGGAUAAGAAAUGCAUUCCUGCGUAGUAGCACAUGCGUUUGCUGUCAUACAAGUCUGAUGAAAACAAGUAUAAAAUAUAGCAUAGCAGAGUGAUAAACUGCGCAAAUAAUCCAGAAUGAAGAAUAGAUGGCAUGCAAGUGUGCGGCAUCAGUGAACAGCUCACAAACUAUGAAUAAUGCUUCC